UUAACUAACAGAAUCACCCCAAAAUUUGCUGAAAAGCUCAAAAAAAUUACUCAAGCAUCAAGGCAUUGUACACUAAAUAUGGCAAGUGAGGAUACAUUUGAGGUUGGUGAUAUGGACAGAUUAUUCAUAGUCAAUUUAAACCAAAGGACUUGUGAUUGUGGUGCCUUCCAAUUAGUUGGAAUUCCAUGCAAACAUGCUGCACUUGGCAUUAUCUACAAAAGGGAAAAGUUGGAAGAUUACUGCGAUCAGUGGUUCUCCAAAGACAUUUACUUGAAGGCAUAUGCUUCUAUGAUUCAUCCUAUACCUCAUGAAAAAAGGUGGCCACCUAUGGAUGAAAUUACCCCUAAGUUUGUACUGCCCCCUCCUUUGAGAAGGGCUCCUGGUAGGCCAAGAGUUAACAGAAGAAGAGAAGCUGAUGAAGGACCUUCAUCUCAGCCAAAAAGGUCUAGUACCUUAAAGUGUGGAAAUUGUGGUCAGUUUGGUCACAACAUGAGAACAUGUCAAAGAGCUCCUGUGCAAAGAAAGAAUCCAGCCUAUACUCAUGCUCAACAGAUGCCAACUAGAAGAGGGAAACCAGGCAGAGGAAUUGCAAAUUUAGGACUACAAGGAUCUGUUCUUUGGGAUCAUACACAUGGGAAUGUGCCUAUCGUGCAUUCAGGUCAAGGUUGCAAUUCAAGUCCUUCCACUGGAAAUGCUGCUACAAAUAUUCAGGUUAAUGUACAGACAGGUGUAAUUGCCUCUAAAAGAAAGAGAGGAAGGCCUUCAAAUGCUACUUCGACAAAUGCUGCAACAGGUUCUCGCAGAAGAGUUGCACCAGAACUUGUUCAAGCUCCUGUGCAAGCCCCUGGUGAUGCUCAAGCUGCUACAACUGUUAGGAUGAACACAGCUGCAACUCUUAACUCUACCAAUAUUAGCACCAGCGGCAGUUUUAGCUUGCAUUUCUAAUGGAAGCUAUUAUGCUUACAUUUCUCUUCUUUUGUACUUAGUGGUGCUUGUGAAUUAUAGUUCAUUAAUAUGCUGCCUACUCAUGCUUUUGUAUCUGGUGUUGUGUGAAACUAUGACUAAACAAUGGCUUUGCAAUCCUCACCCUCUGCCUGUAUUGUUCAAGGCAGAUGGUGUUUUGGAUAGUCUUGGAUUGCAUUUCUAUUUAUUUAAUGUAUGGUUAUGAAAUCUGAAUUGAUAUUAC